GAAUUCUCACUGAAUCCGCCACUUAGCGGCGAUAAAGAGAAGAAACAAUGGUGAAGUUCUUGAAACAAAACAAGGCCGUGAUCCUUCUUCAAGGCCGAUACGCCGGAAAGAAAGCUGUGAUCAUCCGCUCCUUCGACGACGGAAACCGUGAGCGUCCUUACGGACACUGCCUCGUGGCCGGACUCAAGAAGUACCCGAGCAAGGUCAUCCGCAAGGACUCGGCCAAGAAGACGGCGAAGAAAUCUCGGGUCAAGUGUUUCAUCAAGGUGGUUAACUACCAGCAUCUGAUGCCUACCCGUUACACCCUCGACGUGGAUCUCAAGGAAGUCGCUACCCUCGAGGCUCUUUCUUCAAAGGACAAGAAAGUCGCUGCUCUCAAGGAGGCUAAGGCGAAGCUUGAGGAACGUUUUAAGACUGGCAAGAACAGGUGGUUCUUUACCAAGCUCAGGUUCUGAAGACAUUUCGUAUGGAGUUUUACAGCUUUACUUUUUCUAGGGACGUGGAUCCUCUUUUAUCUUGUGAAAGACUUUUUGUUGGAAUUUCGAUUCUGGAUUUUCUAUGUUAUGAUUAUCUAAUGCAGUUUGAUUUA